AGAAUCAGGUGCUGGAAGAACACUAUAUUGUCUUUAUUACUUUUCUAUCUAUAUAUUCAGCCGAGACUUGAAUAGCGAUGUGCCAGGAUCAAUGGGGGGAGUGUAAAGAACUCCCGCCAGCGCUACAAAGUCAAAAGUCUUCCAUGCCCACAUUCAGUCCUCACUUCUUUGUUGAUUCACUUCUCUCUUCAUCAGCUCUAAUUUGUUCUUGAGAAUACGCCAUAGUUUUCGAUCUCUGAAAUUUUCAAUCCAGAAUUGUCCGUUUGCCGCUGUUGAGUUUUCCUGGAUUAUCCAAAGCCAAGAUGAAGAGCAGAGGCAAAUCAAGUGUAGGUCGAUGGCGGACCCUAGGGUUGCCCUUCGUUUUCCUCUUAUGCCUCUUCUUCUUCCUCGCAGGCUUCUUCGGCUCUUCUCUCUUCUUUCACCAGGAUGAAGGAAUUGUACGGCCUGUGCCUAGGAUGCUGGAGUCAAUGGAUGGUUAUGAUCCGCAGCCGCACGGCGAGACUGGAGAGGAUUCUCUGACUAUCAUCCCAUAUCAGGUAUUAAGCUGGUAUCCUCGUGCAUUAUACUUUCCCAAUUUUGCAACUGCAGAGCAAUGUGAAAGCAUUAUUAAAAUGGCCAAGGCAAACCUUCAACCUUCAUCUUUAGCUUUUCGUAAGGGAGAGACCUCUGAAAAUACCAAAGGAAUAAGGACAAGCUCUGGCAUGUUUAUAAGUGCUUCUGAAGACAAGACUGGAACUUUGGAUCUCAUUGAGGAGAAAAUCGCUAGGGCGACCAUGAUCCCCAGGUCUCAUGGAGAGUCGUUUAAUGUUCUGCGGUAUGAAAUUGACCAAAGCUAUCAUUCUCAUUACGAUGCAUUCAACCCCGCUGAGUAUGGCCCACAGAAGAGCCAAAGGGUUGCUUCAUUCUUACUGUACCUAUCUAAUGUUGAAGAAGGUGGAGAAACGAUGUUUCCUUUUGAGCAUGGGCAGAAUAUGGAUAGUAAUUAUGCUUUCCGCGAGUGUUUAGGCUUAAAAGUAAAGCCCCGCAAAGGAGAUGGACUUCUAUUCUACUCACUUUUACAAAAUGGUACAAUUGAUGCGACCUCGCUCCAUGGGAGCUGUCCAGUGAUCAAAGGACAAAAAUGGGUGGCAACGAAGUGGAUUCGGGAUCAAGAACAAGAUGAUGAGUAAUAUGUCUAUUCUACCCUUCUCAAUUACUCUGUAAUUUCAAUCGUUACUAUAGUUAGGAGGAGCUUCUAACCUUGAGAUUCCCUAUCUUUUGUGAUUUGCAAUCGGUAUAAAUGUAUACCACUGUAUUAUAUUCCACAAAUAGGCCAUUUUCUCUUGGUUAUAUUUUGGAGGAUAAUUUCUGUACUAACCUGCAAAACGGCUCAAAAUUUAAAUUAUAAUACUCGCUAAAUAUUUAAGGAAUGGUAUGACUCCCUCACGGAUUCAUCUCAUUUUAUGCCCAUUUACCUGGAUCCGGAACCUCUCCCUUGCUUUGCAGCAAGGUAAGGUGCCCGACUGAUUAGCAUCGUCCGAUCAAGAAACCCAUGGCCGCAGAUUUUGGAGGACCGCAUCUCGAGGCACCUUCUUCUUCAUCAGUCCGUCCGUUGCCGCAAGGCUACGGCAGAGGAUCUCAAUCCCAUUUACUUGCACCAUUCCAAAUCAGUUUAUAUAAAACUCAUAUAUUCACUUUAUCAAUUUAGUUUUUCUCUGUAAUUCAUGAUUUUCAAUUUUUUCAUCUAGUAUUAUUUUUUGAAUUAAACUCUUACUUGUAUUAUAAUAUACUACCUCC